AUGGGGUUUCUGUCCCUCAUCCGCUUGACUGUGGCUUUCCUAGCCAGGAAGUUGCUGGACAGUUUUAAUGAAGCCAAGUUCAUCACGUUCAGCAUGCUGAUCUUUUGCAGUGUUUUGGUCUCUUUUGUUCCAACCUAUCUGAGCAGCAAAGGGAAAUCCACGGUAGCCGUGGAGAUCUUCUCUAUCUUGGUGUCCAGUGCUGGGUUUACACUGCUGCACAGCAAAUUGCAGGUUGCCCUGGCAUGGAGCAGAUGGUGUGAAAUUGCCAGCUUGCUUCGGACUGAAAUGGAAGCCUGCCUGGAGCAAGGCAAUCCCAGUUAUAAGGAAGAUGCAUCAUUGAGGAAAGUGUGGAUUAUGACACCACAAAUAGAAUUUGCACUGACAAGACUUCAGAGGGAAUGGGAGUUUGAGUUCUUCCAUGGAACGCUUUCCUUCACAAUUCACUCAAAUCAGCCGCAUGGCUUCCAGAAAUUUCUUCAAGAUGUAAAGCCCUUUGAUAACCAAGGAAAUGGUUUUCUCAAGGUGUUCUGGGAGCAAGCAUUUGACUGUUUCUAUCCAAAUCCCCAGGAGCCAGUGGGGCUCAAUGAAACAUGUACCGGCGAAGAGAGGCUGGAGAAUCUUCAUAGUUCCCUUUUUGAAAUGAGCAUGACUGGUCACAGCUACAGCAUUUACAAUGCAGUCUAUGCCAUAGCACAUGCUAUUCAAGUAUUAUAUUCAUCCAGAUUCAAUCCCAAGGCAACAGAUAAUGGGAAGAUUAUGGAACUUCAAGAUCUCCAGCCUUGGAAGGUCCACCCUGUUCUACAAAGCAUUACCUUCAACAACUCGGCUGGAGAAACUGUGUCUUUUAAUGGUAAAAGGGAAGUGCGAGGUGGAUUUGAUAUAACCAACCUGGUCAUGUUCCCAAACAAGUCAUUCCACAGAGUGAAAAUUGGAGACGUAAAUCCCAAUGCAGCUGAAGGAGAAAAAUUCAUCAUUCACGAGAAUAUUAUUGUGUGGCAGACUAUUUUUAAUGAGACAGUGCCCCUUUCUGUGUGCAGUGAUUACUGCAAAGCUGGCUAUCAUAAGAGAAAGAGAGAAGGGGAGGAAUUUUGCUGCUAUGAUUGUGUUCCAUGCCCAGAAGGGAAGAUUUCAAGCCAAACAGAUAUGGACGAUUGCAUCAAAUGCCGCAGUGAUCAGUAUCCAAGCAAAGACAAAGAUGGAUGCAUCCCCAAGUCAUUGAGUUUCCUGACUUAUGAAGAACCUUUAGGAAUUAGUUUGGCUUCCUCAGCUGUCUGUUUUUCCCUCAUCACAGCCACAGUGCUAGGAAUCUUCAUUAAGCACAAAGACACCCCCAUCGUCAAAGCCAACAACCGAGAGAUCACUUACGUACUUCUCAUCGCUCUCCUGCUCUGCUCCCUCUCUUCUUUGCUAUUCCUUGGCCGACCAAGCAAGGUGACCUGCUUCCUCCGACAGUCUGCUUUCAGCAUCAUCUUCUCAGUGGCUGUUUCCUGUGUUUUGGCCAAAACCAUUACUGUGGUUGUAGCUUUCAUGGCCACCAAACCAGGGUCCAGCAUGAGGAAGUGGGUGGGGAAAUGGCUGGCUAACUCCAUCAUCCUUUCCUGUUCCCUUGUUCAAGCCAGCAUUUCUAUGGUGUGGCUGGCAACCUCACCACCUUUUCCUGAUUUUGACACAGAGUCUCUGGCACAAAGUAUCAUACUAGAAUGUAACCAGAGGUCUGUCACUAUGUUUUAUAUUGUCUUCGGCUACAUGGGGCUUCUAUCCCUCAUCAGCUUGACUGUGGCUUUUCUAGCCAGGAAAUUGCCGGACAGUUUUAAUGAAACCAAGUUCAUCACUUUCAGCAUGCUGAUCUUUUGUAGUGUUUGGGUUUCUUUGGUUCCAGCCCAUAUGAGCAGCAAAGGGAAAUCCAAGACAGCCGUGGGGAUCUUUGCUAUUUUGGUGUCUAGUGCUGGGUUACUAGGCUGUAUCUUUUCCCCCAAAUGCUACAUCAUUGUAUUGAGACCAGAGCUGAACAGGAAAGAGGCACUAAUAAGGAGAAAAAAAUAA